AUGGAGUGGUGGGUGAGGAAGCGGGUGGGUGAGGCUGGGUUCAUUCACGUCCCGCUGAUCCAACUGGACUGUCCCGGGACGCCUGCAGACUCACCUUCAGGCAGGAUGGAUGUAAGUAGUGCCUCUCCAAACAUGGUCGCUCAAAUGAGCCCGGACCCCCUGGACCCUCUGUGUGGGGGGUGCGUGUCCGCCGGCUCGGUGCCUCAGCCCAGUGUCAUGUGGCCGGUGCAGGCUACGGGCUCGUCCUUCCCCUCCUGGCCCGGGACGUCCCCCCAGCUCACGCAGACAGCUCCGGCCUCAUCCCAGGCCCCCUGCUGGACCGGACAGCCAGGUACGACUCCAUGUUGGAGCGUCCCAUCACAACAGAUGCCUGCAGCUAUGCCAAUGUCGGUCCCCAUGUCAGUACCCAUGUCCAUGCCCGCCCAGGCCCCUCCACAGGCACCCAUGAUGGUCCAAGCACCGCAGAUGGUUCCAGCUCAGCAAAUGGUACCGGCUCAGCAGAUGGUCCCGGCUCAGCAGAUGGUACCGGCUCAGCAGAUGGUACCGGCUCAGCAGAUGGUCCCGGCUCAGCAGAUGGUACCGUCUCAGCAGAUGGUUCCGGCUCAGCAGAUGGUACCGUCUCAGCAGAUGGUUCCGGCUCAGCAGAUGGUACCGGCUCAGCAGAUGGUACCGGCUCAGCAGAUGGUACCGGCUCAACAGAUGGUUCCAGCCCAAACUUCCAUGGUCCCUGCAGUGGCCCCUCCUCAGAGUCAGCCAUGUCCCACUCAGAGCUGCUGGACGCCAUCUGCCCCCUCCCCCAUGUCCGCCCCUGUGCCGUCUGCGGUGCCCACUCCUGUGCUGUCUCCAGCCCCUGUCACUGCCCCGGUCACUGCCCCCACCUCAGGGGGGCAGAGACCCUUUGUGUGGCCCCCCCGUCCCAGCUGGUACCACCCGGGGCAGUCUGGGUGGCCUGGGCAGCACCCAAACUACGUGCCUCCAGGGUGGAUGCCGCCCAUAUCAGGGCCUCUGAGCGUGCCGUACAAUCUGAACCUCUCCAGAGGCGUCUAUGACAAAAUGAUGAUGACCAUCGUGGGCCAGGUCAAACCCGACGCUAAAAUGUUCACGGUGAACUUCCUCAAAGGGAACGACAUUGCCUUCCACAUUAACCCGCGCUUCAGCGAGGGCGGGCGCCAGGUGCUGGUGCGGAACCAUAAAGCGGGCGAGCGCUGGGGCCCCGAGGAGCGCGACCUGAAGGGGGCCUUCCCAUUCGCCAAAGGGAGUCCAUUUGAGAUGAAGAUCCUGUGCACCCACGAGUCCUUCAGGGUGGCGGUCAACAACAUCCCCCAGUUCGAGUUCAAACACCGAGUCAAAGAGCUGAACCAGGUGGACCGCAUCAACAUCCUGCACGACGUCACGCUCAACUACGUCCAUGUGGAGACCCUGCCCUGA